AUGCCUUUAGUCGCGCAGAACCCCCUGCCAAGGGCCCUUCUAGGCCUUAUGACAUUCGGCCCCGAUGAGUCCAAGGGCGCUCGGAUCACGUCUCUCGAAGAAUUCAACAAGUGUCUGGACUAUUUCCAACAGCAGGGAUUCAAUGAAGUCGACACGGCUAGGAUUUACGUUGACGGGGCGCAGGAGGCUUUUACAGCUCAGGCAAAGUGGAAAGAGCGUGGAUUGACCCUCGCAACGAAAUGGUAUCCUCAUAACCCGGGCGAACACAAACCAAAUGUGGUCCGAGAGAAGCUCGAGCUUUCUCUGAAGGAGCUGGGAACGAAUCAGGUCGAUAUCUUCUAUCUUCAUGCUCCGGAUAGAUCAGUUCCUUUUGCGGAGACUCUGGAGGAAGUCAACAAGCUACAUAAAGAGGGCAAAUUUGUUCAGCUGGGUCUGAGUAAUUACACGGCCUUUGAGGUCGCAGAAAUCGUGACUCUCUGUGCUGAGAGGGGCUGGGUGCGACCGACAAUAUAUCAAGCGAUGUAUAAUGCCAUUACACGUUCGAUUGAGACCGAGCUAAUCCCCGCCUGCAAGCGUUAUGGCAUCGAUAUCGUAGUCUAUAACCCCCUUGCUGGUGGUAUCUUAUCUGGUAAGUAUAAGACAAAAGACAUCCCUGACGAGGGAAGAUACAGCGACAAAUCCACCACUGGCGUACCGUACCGCAAACGCUAUUUCAGGGAUGCAACCUUCGAUGCGCUGCGAGUCAUCGAGCCUGAGGUCGAGAAGCAUGGCCUGACACUCCCCGAGACUGCGAUUCGCUGGAUUCACCAUCACUCGGCUCUUAAUAUGAAAGAUAAUGGCCGCGACGGAAUUAUCGUUGGCGUGAGCAGCUUCGUGCAGCUGGAAAGUAAUCUCAAAGACAUCCAGAAAGGUCCUCUGCCCGAGAAGGUCGUUGAAGCGUUGGACAAAGCGUGGUUAAUCGCUAAGCCAACUGCUCCGGACUACUGGCACCUCGAUCUGAAAUACACAUAUAACACCCAGCAGGCCCUGUUUGGCCCGAAGUGA